CUUCCAUUUCUAUUAAAUACAAUAUUUUCUUAUUUUCUCACAGCGAUAAAGAUUUCAAUUUUUCUUUCCGUCAAUCCUACGAUGUCUGUAAAGUCUCACAUAAUUACAGGAUUUAUCAAUCCUUUGAAACCCACUGCUUCAUCUUCAAGCUCUGGGAGUAGUAGCGGCCUCUCUUUAGUUAAGAAACCACUCACUUCUUCCUUUUUCAAUGGCGGAGUGGCUGACCUAAAAGUUACAAGCAUAAGGAUCCUUCCGGGAAGAUCUCCUUGUCAUAGACAAGGUGGAGGUGCUCUUGGUACGCGCAUGAACCUUUUUGAUCGGUUUGCUAGAGUUGUUAAGUCAUAUGCAAAUUCAAUCUUAAGUUCCGUUGAAGACCCUGAGAAAAUUUUAGAUCAAGCUGUGCUUGAAAUGAAUGAUGACUUAGUGAAGAUGAGACAGGCCACUGCACAAGUAUUAGCGUCUCAAAAGCGGUUGGAAAACAAGUGCAAUGCUGCACAACAGGCUUCUGAAGAGUGGUACCGCAAAGCGCAGUUGGCUCUGCAGAAAGGAGAAGAGGAUCUUGCACGUGAAGCCCUCAAGCGGCGCAAAUCUUUUGCUGAUAAUGCUAAUUCAUUGAAAGCUCAGCUUGAUCAACAAAAAAGUGUUGUUGAUAAUCUUGUCUCUAACACACGACUUUUGGAGAGCAAAAUACAAGAAGCAAAGUCGAAGAAAGAUACUUUGAAAGCUCGUGCUCAGUCUGCAAGAACUGCAACUAAAGUCAAUGAGAUGGUGGGAGAUGUCAACACUGGCAGUGCAUUAGCAGCUUUUGAGAAGAUGGAAGAGAAAGUUAUGGCUAUGGAGUCUGAAGCAGAAGCUCUUGGCCAGUUGACCACCGAUGAUCUUGAAGGAAUGUUUGCAUUACUUGAGAGCACAUCUGUUGAUGAUGAUCUUGCAAAAAUGAAAAGGGAACUCUCUGGCAGCUCACAGAAAGGAGAGCUUCCGCCUGGAAGAACUGGUUCUACUAGCACAAGCAAGGCAUUUCCGUAUCAAGACGCCGAAAUUGAGAUGGAGCUCAAUGAGCUGAGGAAAAAGGCAAAAGACUUUUAAAGUUCCUGAUAUGGAUGCCAAAAUGACGGUAUUUUCUUACCAACAAUUUACUGUAUCGAGCUAGAUUCCAAAUAGAUGAUAUGUAUAGCUACAGUCCAGUCCAAACCCAACCAACUAUAGCAAAUUUUGGAUGGUUAUGUACAUACUUUUAUGUAUUUACAUUAAAUGAUCAUUGUCAUGCAUGUUGCACUUAUCCUAAUGUUCACCAGCGGCAACAUCCCAUGCUUUUGGACCAUGUAUUCAAAUAGCUUGCUAAUGUACAAAUAGUCUCUGUCAA